GGUCGCUGGGGGAUAGGAGCGGGGGGAGGCGUGGCCGCUGCCCCUCGCACCGCGGAAGGAGAGCGGGGAGGUGGCGGGGCCCGUCUGUAGCGCCUGACCGAGCUGGGAGAGAGCGAGCGGGAGGCGGCCCCGGGGACAGGGGGGCGGGCGCAGGGGGCCCUCGGCAGCCAGCGAGGAGCAGCAGCCGGGGAAGCUUCGUGGAGCUGCUGCGGGGAUGAAGGACCGGCUGGCUGACCUGGCAGAGUAUAAAGGAAAUGAAGAUGGAGAGACCGUUGUUGUUGAAAAAGACCAUUUUAUGGAUGAUUUUUUCCAACAGGUUGAGGAACUUAGAAAUAAUAUAGCAAAAAUAGCACAAAAUGUGGAAGAAGUGAAGAAGCAGCACAGCAUUAUCCUGUCAGCACCAAAUCCUGAAGGAAGAACAAAGGAAGAACUUGAAGAAUUAAAUGAGGAAAUAAAGAAGAUUGCUAAUAAAAUCCGAGCCAGGUUAAAGGCUAUUGAACAAACUUUUGAUCAGGGAGAUAAUGUUAACCGGACAUCAGUGGACCUCAGGAUAAGAAAAACCCAGCACUCUGUGUUAGCUCACAAGUUUGUGGAGGUCAUGACAGAAUACAACGAGACCCAAACGCUCUUUCGAGAACGCAGCAAAGGUCGGAUACAGAGGCAAUUAGAGAUAACUGGAAAGACUACCACUGAUGAGGAACUGGAAGAAAUGUUAGAGAGUGGUAACCCUUCCAUUUUCACUUCUGAUAUUAUAUCAGACUCCCAAAUAACUAGACAAGCUCUGAAUGAAAUUGAGUCCCGUCACAAGGAUAUAAUGAAACUGGAGUCCAGCAUACGGGAACUGCAUGAAAUGUUCAUGGACAUGGCAAUGUUUGUUGAGACUCAGGGUGAAAUGGUCAACAACAUAGAAAAGAAUGUGAUGAAUGCAUCGGAUUACGUGGAACAUGCGAAAGAAGAGACAAAAAAGGCAGUUAUAUAUCAAAGUAAAGCACGAAGGAAAAUGUGGAUAAUUAUCAUUGUGUCAGUCGUGUUGAUUGCCAUAAUUGAAACUGAUGUUCAUAAUUAUAUGUGUAACUAUAUUGCUUCUGAUACUUGGAAUUAUCCUAGCAACAACACUAUCAUAGCAAGCACAUUCCAAGAGUUGUGAACCUUCAGAAACUACAAAAUCCAUCUUCUGUAAAAACCAAACUUUUUCUAGUAAAUGACACCUUACACUGUUCCAUGAUGAUGUCCGAUCACUAAUGGUUAAAAAUGAGAACAAAAUCACUCUUUAUGUUUACUCAUAAAUGAAGAUCAGAAUGUAUUAAGAUAUGUAUGGAUUUUCAUCAUAAACUAUACAUUUGUAAGACCGAAAUUUGCUCUUAAUUGUUUUGAACUAAAGUAACCUAGGAUUUUUUUAAUGUCUCAGUGUUACAAACAGUUAAAUAGGGAGUUUAGAGAUUACUGGAUUUUGACUGUUUGGCUUUUUUUUUUUUUCCCUAUUGCUAAUAUAAUUCUAAUCACAAGUUUUAGUACCUUACCAGUGCUGCUUUUUUUUAUUACUCCUGUGAACAUUUUUGAGAUGUAGCCUUGUCUUGAGGUGAAUUAUUUAGUCACCUUAACUUGUCUUAGCUUUAUACUUUAUCUUUUUUUUCUCCAAGUGCUAAAAUAUUUUAUCCUGAAAAGACUACUUACUUAACUGCCUGCCUUGUUGCAUUACACUUGAGAAGGAAAAAAAAGCAAGCUUUUUUACACUUUGCAAGUUUUCUUUUCAAUCCGACUAAGGUUAAUUGCUUUAAAUAUUUUAUUGUCUUUAUAAUAAACAGUUAAUUGCAACAUUUCUGGUAAAAGAAAGCUGGUAAUGAAGCACAUCAAAUUUGAACCUGAGCAGAUUAUUUUACAAAUAACUGUUGUGUGAAGGAAGCAAUGUAUCAGUUUAGCCUUAUUGUUCAUAUGAAUGUGACAAAAAUCACACUUUGUCUCUAAAGCCAAGUCAAGAUUUCUUAUUUGGAAGGUUGCUAAUGUGUGAAUAUAGCACAUAGGGAUAAACUCUAAGAAAAGUCUGAAACUAAUACAAACUAAGACACUGAUUUGUUAUGAAAUUGUGUUAUAUAACAUGUAUGAAGUGUUUUAGUAUUUGCAUACUUUUUGUAAUGCUAGCUUGCAAGACUUGAAAGCUUGAAAUACUUCAAAUGUAACCCAAUAGCUCCAUUUAAUGUUACAUGAUAUUUUUGUAUUUUGUGUGUAAAAUACUUGUAACUUGAAUUUUUGACUUCUCAUGGUUCAAGUAUAUCCAUGUAGAUAUGUAGAUAUAUUUACACAGUAAGAUAAUUAGAGGAAAGUAUAAUGUGUGUCUUUUUGAACACAGUCUAAAAUUACACUUGUCAAUGUUUCCAAAUACUCAACUUGAUGUUAACUGCAAUAUGUUAGAAUAUUUGGUCCUAAAAUGUUAGAAUACUAAAACUUACAUUUUGUUGAGAGUGUGUGAGAUAAAAGUUACUCGGAAAACUGUAAUUCAGUCUAUUGACUUAAUGAAAUUCAGCAAAGUUUACAAUUUAUAUUGUAAGUAUGAAUAUUCCUGCUUUGCUGUCCAAAUAUACUGUGAAUGUGCUGGAGCUAUUCAGAUGUCAAACGUUUUAAAAAAAGAAAAAAAUCUUAUUAUUGGUCUUUUUGAAAGUCAGCCAUAUAGAAGUCGCUUGAAAAAUUUCGGCUUCAUUAAUGAACAAAUUUCUUUACCUCUAAGUCCAGAACACUCACUGAUGUUUGUGAGGAAGUUUACAUGCAAAGUAUGGAAAGAUUCAUUGCCUUAAUACUUGUUCUAAGUAAAAUAUAUUUUUAUUCUGUAGUUUUCUAGAUUUUUAUCAGUAAAUAUUAUUUAUACAGCUACGCAAAUUGGAUUGGGGGAAAAAAUCAGUUCUGCUAUUUGACAGAUGAUUACUUAAUAUAACCCCCAAAAUCCUAUCAUGUUGUGGUUUUUUUAUUUAUAAUUUGCCCGUCAAGACCAGAAAUUUAAAUAGGCCACUCCAUACUUUUUACUUCUUGCUAUAUAGCUGCCUCAAUGAAGUCUGGUUUUAAAGAAACAAAACAAAACUUGUUUUUCACAUGAACCUCUUUGUUCUGUUAAUAUUGGAGGGGAGUAAAUCUCUAACCUAUGCACUAAUAAAUUUAUCUAAGCAAGUA